ACGUAAAGAUGGCGAUGACCUCUGAACGCCAGAUGAAAGUUUCGCAUCCGGGUUAACUGAUUAUUAGUAGUGUUAACCUGAAGCAUUACUUACCUAACCUAACUUUACCUUUCAAGAUCUUAUCGACCACAUCAGGCACAUCGCGGGUUCAUCUUAUCAAGGGUUUGAGUUUUUACCACAUUAUGACUCUCAAAAGCGGAUGUCACCAAAGUCGCAUGUUAGCGAAGCUGUAGCAAGCUGAUGCUAAUAAACAGACUUGGGUAGGCUGGCCCAUUUAAACUCAAACCCUUGGGCUUAUUUUAGCCCUCCUGUUGCAUCUGUCUAGGGACCUGUGUCGUCCCUCUCUCGUCCAGCGACAUGGCCAGUCAUUUCCGCAGUUACGUGUGGGAUCCGGUCCUAAUCAUCUCUCAGAUUAUCCUAAUGCAGUGCAUAUACUACAGCUUUUUGGGUCUGUGGCUGGCUGGUGUGAAUGGUUUGGUACAGACCAGUAAAUCACUCGACCAGAUAUUCAACUAUGAGGCUCUUGGCUUUUCAACAACGCAAGGUCGCCUCGCGAUGAUGGCAUUCAUUCUGAACUCUCUUACAUGUGCCUUCGGCCUGUGGUGUUUCAUUCGACGUGGAAAACAGUGCCUGGACUUCACCGUUACAGUGCAUUUCUUUCACAUGAUUGGCUGCUGGAUCUAUAACGCCCACAUCCCCGCCACCCUGUCAUGGUGGCUUGUCAACGUUGCCUGUAUGGCCCUCAUGGCGGUCAUUGGCGAGUACUUGUGCAUGCGGACAGAACUCAGAGCCAUUCCUGUGAACACGACACCUAAAUCAAACCUAUGAGAACUAGAGACUGGCCACAGUGAAUCAGAUGGUGUGUGUGAUGGUGGCACCGCAGUACUAAUGCUACUGUGGUUUUCCCAGUGUUUGACGAUGGGAGGAUAAUUGGCUCUAAGGAUGGACAGAAAUGGCUUGGUUUCUCAGUGAUGGAUCAGUCAUGUCACUGUAUUUAAUCAGACGUUUAGAUUAUGGCGGUCAUUUAGGCGUGGCAUCAAAUGGUUGUCAAGGGUUUUGAGUUUUCAAGCGAAGCACAUGAUAAUGGUGGCUUCAUGGGACUUCCUUCAGUCAGCAUUAUGGUGGCAUUCUUAUCAUUUCGAAAGGACGAUUGUAAUUACUUUUGUUUAGGACCAACUUAACAUUAUUUCCAGAUGGUUACUGAAAAUAUGAUGGAAAUGGUCUAUUUUAACAGCACAGAACCAUGUUUCAUGUGUAUCUUAAAAAUAAACUACAAUAUGUGAUAAUGGUUACAAUAAAAUAAAAAAUCUGAGUUUCUCAGUGUCACCCCAUUUGUUGGCAAUAAAAUGUUGUUCCAGCUGAUUUCAAAUCUUUGCUAACCACCCCAAUUAUUUUCCCCAAUUAUCAAAAACAGAGUCAUUCAGAAGCUAUUGAAAUCAAUCAAAUCUUAAAGGGAUAGUUCACCCAAAAAAAUGUAUUUCUCUCAUCUUUUAUUCACCCUCAUGU